AUGGACCACUUGACUGUUACAGAGCCUGCUUCUCCUAACAGCAUCACCUCCCCUUAUGGUCUCUACAUCACCAUGCAAUGGCUCCGUAAAGUUAACGGCGUGAACAAAUACCAUUGGGGGCUCUUUCUGGCGACCGGUGAACCACCAAAUGGUCAAUUGCUUCAUGCUACCGAUCUUAACCGCCAGCCCUUGGAUCUCCGUCUGGAAAUACGGAAGGUCAAAGAUCCUCGAAAAUCCAGGACAUUGGUCACCUGCCUCCAAAUCUCUACUUUGAGAUCAAUGGAAAUUAUGGAAGCAUGCGCCAAGUCCGUUCGGCUCAUGAACCCGAGGCAUGUCCCAUUUGGAGAAAUGAGAUGGACUUGUCGCGUGUGGGUGAAAGAAGUCCUCCUUACUUUGGACAAUGGAGGGUAUAUCAAGCUUCCAAUGACUGUUGAUUCACUCGAGGGUUACUGCCAAGCGGCAGCGGAUUCACACUUGGAUAGAAUUGGAAAUGCUUGGAUAUACAACGACACGCGGUGGUUGUCGUCGCCCCCGCCGCAGAAGCCUUCUACGAACCAGAGUAGCUACUAUGGCCCAUCAGAGAUGGUGAUCGACUCGACCAGGGAUCGACGUGAUCCAAGAUCCAGCCAGUCUCAUUCAUCAGGCCAGCAGUAUUUUGGGCCAAAGCCCAUGAUUACUGAGGCCUCGACUCAGCGUUAUUAUGGACCGAAGCCUAUGAUCACCGAAACGUCGUAUUAA